AUGGGUACAUGUAUGUCAACACAUUCAAGAAGACUUAGGCCACGAAGGAAAGGCCGUCGCAGAUUUUCUAAAAACAUAUCUAAAGUGUCUGAUAUUAGACGCCUAAGUGAUGUUGGAAUCCAAACCUCUUUUGAUAUUUCUCAAAACGAUGCAUGGUUUGAUUCUUCAAGUCUUUUCUCUGACUCUGAUGACGACUUUAUUAGCCUACAUGAAGCUGAUAAUGUUUGGUUAGAGGGUGGCGUAAUGGGUAAAAUUCCAAAUGGUCAAGUGGUUGAGUUUGAGGCUUCUUCAUGCAUUGUUGAUGGAAAUGGAAAUUACGAAGAAUACCAUGAGAGUUACUUGAAGAUUGAUGGCGGUAAUAAAAUCGAGAAGUUUAUGAGCAACGGUUUAUAUAAAGAUACUAAUGGUUUGUCUGGUAUUAUUGGAAACAACAAGAAGAAACUAAAUACUUAUAGUAGCUUUAAAGGAUUGAAAGAGUUAGACCCUAACCCUAAAGAAAAAGCAUUAAAAUCCAAUUUGAGCCGGUUGAUGCCAUUGCCAACGGUUAGUUUCAACGACAAAACUCUGAACUCCCCCACAUCUCAAAACCGGAAGUCAGCGGUUUAUCAGGUUUCUUUCAAGAGAAGAUCAUGUGAUGGUGAAGAAGUUACCGAACAUAGGUCGUCGAAAAGAUUGUUGUACCGUCCCAAAGCCGGAUACACGAUUCCGUGCUAUGUCAAAGAGAAGCAUCAAUCAUCAGGAAGUUGGUGUGAGAUACCUCCAUCAAACUUGAAGUUACGUGGCGAAACUUAUUUCAAAGAUAAACGAAAACACCCGGCUCCAAACCAAUGUCCAUACACUCCAAUUGGUGUUGACUUGUUUGUGUGUCCAAGGAAGAUUGAUCAUAUAGCCCAACACAUUGAGCUUCCCAACAUCAAAGCUGUGGCAAACCUCCCUGCUCUUCUAAUUGUCAACAUCCAGUUGCCAACUUAUCCAGCCGCAAUGUUUCUCGGUGAUAGUAACGGAGAAGGCAUGAGCAUUGUACUUUACUUUAAACUACGAGAAAAUUUCAAAAAUGAAAUCUCUCAACAAUACCAAGACAGCAUCAAGAAACUAGUGGAAGAUGAGAUGGAAAAAGUUAAAGGGUUUGCAAAAGACAACAUCGUUCCGUUUCGUGAAAGGCUUAAAAUAGUAGCCGGAUUAGUUAACCCAGAUGAACUCAGUCUGAGUUCUACUGAAAAGAAGCUUAUACAAGCUUACAAUGAAAAACCCGUGCUUUCUCGCCCUCAACACAACUUCUUCAAGGGUCCUAACUACUUUGAGAUUGAUUUGGACGUGCAUCGGUUUAGCUACCUUUCAAGAAAAGGGCUUGAAGCAUUCAGAGAUCGACUCAAAAAUGGAACUCUUGAUCUCGGCUUAACUAUCCAAGCUCAAAAACAAGAGGAGUUACCAGAAAAGGUCCUAUGUUGUCUAAGAUUGAGCAAGAUUGACUUUGUUGACAACGGUCAAAUUCCUACACUUUUAAUUCCUGAAGAAGGAGAAUCAUUCCCUUUGUGA